AUGGAUAAAUUAAAGAUAUUUGUUGGGAACUCUCACCAAGAAUUGGGCAGCUUGAUUUGCUCUCAUUUGAACAUGGCUCCAUCGCCUUGUACAUUGAGGAAAUUUUCUAACGGUGAGACUUCAGUACAGUUGAACAUUUCCGUACGUAAUCAAGACGUUUAUAUAAUCCAAUCCGGGGAUAAAUCGAUUAAUGACUCGAUUAUGGAGCUUUUGAUCUUGAUCUCUGCCUGUAAAGGAGGCUCAGCUGCGAGAAUUACCGUGAUCAUCCCCGAAUUCCCAUACGCCAAACACUCCAAGAUGACUAAGAGCAGAAGUGCGAUCACCGCCAGAAUGUUGGCCGAUCUCAUCACCAUGGCCGGAGCUGACCAUGUGGUUUCUAUGGACUUGAAGGCCAGUCAAAUGCAAGGGUUCUUUGACAAACCAAUCGAUAACUUAUACGCGGCGCCAACUCUUGCUCAUUGGAUCAGAUUUAAUAUUCCAAACUACGAAACCUUGGCGAUCGUUUCCAAGGACUCAGAAGGAACUAAAAGGGUUGCCGAAUUGGCUGAUAAGUUGAAAGUAAACUUUGCCAUGGUUCACACAGAUCAAUAUUUCAAAGAUGGGGUAUCGACCGAGGAACACCAACGGAAAAUCACCACUUUGGUGGGAAAUGUCAAGGACAAGCCGAUCAUGAUUCUUGACGAUACCAUCGAUAAACCAGAUUUGAUCAUCACUGCUGCUAAUUUCUGUAAAUCAAAGGGUCAAGCAAAGAACGUAUAUGUGGCAGCUACCCAUGGUGUGUUUUUAGAUGACUGUUUGGAAAAAUUGAAUGAUUGCGAAUUCAUCGAUAAAAUUAUUGUCACCAACACCCAUGCCAUUCCAGAAGAGAAGAUGCUCAGAAAUCCAAAGCUUGAAGUUAUAGAUGUGAGCAGAAUAUUUGCCGAAUGUAUCAGAAGACUUCAUAAUGGUGAGAGUAUAUCGCAGCUCUUUAAUGCCAAUAAUGGUAUCAAAUAUGCUCUCUAA